GAAAGCAUUGUGAGCAAGAGGCCAUAAAACGAAAAAGGAGAAGUGAAUAAAUAAUAACUAUGUUUAAUAGGAAUGGCAAUAUAUAAAAUAUCAACAAUUAGAAAUAAAUGGCGUGUAUCUUUUUUAACUGAGUGUGACAAAUAUCUUAAAUCAAUGUUUCGAAAAAGUGUCAUGACUAGAAGUCAUGAACUGAUGACUGCUGUGGAAGAUGGAAAUAUAACGGAAGUGGAAUUAGCAUUGAAAAGAGGAAUUUAUGUUAAUAAGAAAUAUUUAGAGAAGAAAUGGACACUUCUACAUGCAGCAGCCAAAUAUGGUCAAAUGUCUAUUUUAAUGUUACUGUUGGAAGAAGGAGCAGAUAUUGAAGCCAAAUCGUUAGAAAGAAAAACUCCUUUACACUAUGCUACUAAACAUGGUCACCACUCUGCAGUUAUGUUUUUGUUAUCAAAAGGAGCUGAUAUUCAAACUAGAACUUCAGAAGAAUACACUCCUCUACAUUAUGCAGCUCAAUAUGGUAACAGCUCCAUUGUUCAUGUAUUUUUGAGAAGAGGGGCUAUUAUUGAGGCCAAAACUAAAAAAGGCAAAACCCCUAUGCAUUUUGCUUCUGAAAAUGGUCAUAGUGACAUAGUAAAAUUACUCAUGAAAUAUGGAGCAGAUUUUGAAUUGAAAUCUAGUUUCAACAGUCCUAUGCAUUUAGCUGCCGAAUAUGGACACAUAAAUGUUAUAAAAAUCUUGUUGGAAAAUGGAGCUGAUAUCAACAUGUUAAAUGCUUCAAAAUAUACCCCGUUGUGUGUUGCAGUUAACAAUUCACAAAGAAGAAUUGUUAAAUUCUUAUUAGAUCAAGGAGCAGAUUGUUCAAUAGCAAAUGGUUUCAAAGAUACACCUUUGCACUUAGCUGCUAGAAACAAUAAUGAAGAUAUCGCAAGAUUGUUAAUAAAAAAAGGUGCAGCUAUACAACCGAAAAAUGAAGAUAAUUGGUCACCUCUUUUAAUUGCAGCACAGUGUGGAUAUGUAUCCAUUGUUGAAUUAUUACUAGAAGUAGGAGCAAAUGUAAAUGAUGUUGAUGAUAAUAUUAACACUUCCUUGCACAUAGCUGCUGAAAGUGGUAAUGAAGAUGUGGCAGAAAUUCUCUUGAGUAAAGGAGCAGAUGUAAAUGCAGUUAAUAUUAACAGUUGGACUCCAUUAUUUUAUGCUAGUUACUAUUGCCACCAAAAGAUAGUAAAACUUCUGUUGGAUAGUGGAGCCGAUUUUCAGAUAACAGACAAGUUUAAGAAUAGCCCUCUACAUGUUGCCACUGCACUUGCUAAUAUACCUAUAAUGAAGUUGUUAAUUGAUGUCGGAGCAGACUUGGAAACACGAAAUGAAGACGGUUCUAAUGUUAUAGACUUGGCUCUUAAAUUAAGGGAUAAAACAUUCAUAAAGAAUUUGAUAAAGUACAGUUUAUACAAAGAUAUUAAUAAAAUAAAACCUAAUUCACUUGGUAGCUUGGAAAAUUCCAAGUUUUGGGAUAGUUGUAAAUCUGAAUUGGAAGAGAUGAAAUAUCAUAUGAUUGCUGAUAGCACUGUUUCAUAUUACAAAUUCUUAAAAGAAUCGGAAAAAAAUAAAUUAGCUGCUUAUUUUUGCAAUGAAAAUAUCGUUUUGGAAUUAGAAGAAUUACAAUACAAAAAUAAAUAUCCAAUUUACGGAAUUAUUAUAUCUACAAAAAUGUUACAGGGGAAUUACAGGAAGCGGAUGUUAAUGAAAGCUGAUGAAAUUCUACAACAGUUGAAACCAAAGCUACCAAUUGUUCUUAGAACAAAAAUUUUGGAACAUUUAUCUGAUAAUGAUUUAAAAAAAUUUUAUACAGAACAUCCAUAAGAUAAAUAAUUGCUCCAUUACAAUGAUUAAAUGUUAAAUAAUUUAUAUAAUUUAAAAAAGUGGUAUUUUACCAAAUCUUGAUUCUAAAUUUUAAUAAAUUAGAUUUUCAUUUUUUGUAUGAAAUACUUGAUAUUACACCUAAUGAACUAAUUAAUUAGUGCAUCAAGUUGUGGAUUUAAUGUAAUAAAUUCUACAAAUGUUGAAACUAAAGUUACCUAUUGAUCUAGGAACAAAGAUUUUGCAACAUUUAUCAUAAUGAUUUAAAAAAGUUUAAACUGAAUAUCCGUAACAUAGAUAGUUGAAUAUAUUGCUCAGUAGUAACGUUAAGUACUUUGUAUAAUAUCAAAAAUUGUAUUUUACCAUAUCUUGAUUCUAAAAUUGUAAUAAAUUAGAUUUCAAUUUUUUCUGAUGAAAUACUUAAUGUUGCACUUAAUGAACUAAUUGAUUAGUGCAUAAAGUAAUUGAUUUAAGAAAAAAAUUUAAACAAAUAUCUGAUAAUGAUUUGAAAAAAAAUUAUUUUGAACGUUGGUAAUACUAGAUAGUUGAUUAUGUUUAAAUGUUAAAUAAUUUAAAAAAAUGUUAUUUUACCAAAUCUUGCUUCUGAAAUUGUAACUAAUUUGAUUUCAAUUUUUACAUAUUACAUAUUUAAUAUUACGUUAAAUGAACUAAUUAAUAAGUGCAUGAAGUGAAUUUAGUGCAACAACAUUAUAGAAAUGUUGAAAUUAUAGUUAGUAAUUAAUCUAAGAAAAAAAAUUUUACAAUUAUUUGACAAUGAUUUUGAAAAAAAAUAUAUUGAAUGUCCUUGGCAUAGAUAGUUUAAUAUAUUGCUCAAUAAUAACGUUCAAUUGUUAAAAAAUGUGUAUUUUAUAAAAAAAAUGGUAUUUUACCAAUUCUUGAUUCUAAAAUUAUUAGAUUAGAUUUUAAUUUUCUAUGAAAUACUUGAUGUAACACCUAAUGAACUAAUUAAUUAGUGCAUAAAGUUGUGAAUUUAGUGCAACAAAAUUCUAGAAAUGUUGAAAUUAGAGUUAGUAAUUAAUCUAACAACAAAAUUUUUCCAACAAAUAUUUAAUAAUAAUUUUGGAAAAUAAUUAUUUUGGAUGUCCUUGGCAUAGAUAGUUGAAUAUAUUGCUCAAUAAUAACGUUCAAAUGUUAAAUAAUUUAUAUAUUAUAAAAAAUGGUAUUUUACCAAAUCUUGAUUCUAAAAUUGUAAUAAAUUAUAUUUUAAUUUUUUCUGAUGGAAUACUUAAUGUUACACCUAAUGAAUUAAUUAAUGAGUGCAGAAAGUUGUGAAUUUAGUGCAAUGAAAGUUCAUGUUAUUACCUAAUGACAGGUUCAAUGAGGAACAUUAGUUUGAAAUGCACAACUAUCUGCUUCAGUUUAUAGGGAAAAAUAUUAGGUAUUUUAGAUUAUAGAAAGUAUUAUAUUGUAUAUGGUUAUCUGCGUUUGCUGCUAUUUGUGGUGGUCUAUAACUAAGGAUGUUUCGAGGAUUAAUUGUUAUUUUUCUUAUGAUUUAAUCCAUAGAAAUAUUGAAUAAUAUGGGUGUUAGAUCCAAAGACUAGAACGGUCUUCCUAACCAUAUCUAUCAGACUUCUUGCGUCACAAAUUACACAAUAUUACCUCACUUUUGGUGUUUUCCACUAAACACUCAUGAUAAUCACGUUCACAAACAUGGUAUUUCCAGUCCAGAUCGUUAUAAUCGUAAACCUAAGUGGAAGGGAUUAGGAAGCGUUUCGAGCAUCGGACUAAAUAAUAACAAAUGGUAAAACAGAAAAGUGAAUCAAAGGCUUUAGGAUUUAUGAGGUUAUGUUACAUCAAAUAAUGAUAUCGAUUCUCAUAAUUGCAAUUUUUGUUACUUAGAGUUUUGUAAAUUUCGUUAAUUCUCUCAAACGGAACCAUAACGAUCGUAGUUGCCUUGAGAACGCUCAAAGGAGUAUUUUAGAUGUUGUGAACACUAAGGAAAAUGCACCAUUUGUAGUAAAAAACAUAAUAAUUAAUAGUGUGUCAUGUCAACCUCACUUUAUAAGUUGAAUAUAAUAUGAGAAGCUUCUAAGUUUGAGGAAUUAAAACGCAGUAUAUCAACUUUAAAGAUUGAAGAGAUAUUAACCGGACUAGACUUAAAAAACAUUAAGAAUACAAUCCCACUGGAGACUAUUACACACAAAGAAAUAAGAAGGCUGUUGAACCAGAAGGAAAACGAGAUAGAUAAGAGAAUGGGGUGUCAUAUUUAUUAAUAUGGUUGUGAACAUAUGAGAUGCAACUGCAACUAAGAUGUAAAAAAAUAGAAUAUGAUGAGGAAAAUAUCAUAAUACAGUUCAACCUCGAUAUAUUGAAGUUUACGGGGAAUUUAAAAAUUUUGAGGUGUUUUUCGACCGACUUCGAUAUAUUGAAGUUCACAACAAUCUUCAUGAUUUUAUUUCAAUGCGAAUUAUGGAACAAAAUACGGCGUAAAUGCAAACAACUAAAAAAAUCCAAAAUUGUUGUCUGCUUACUGCCAGUAAAUGCCGCUUUGUCGAAUGCAUUAUCCAGGACAUUUAUUCAUUGGAUUACAUGAUCACUCAUUACUGUUUUUUUUUGUAGAAAUUUCUUCAAUAUGGUUAUGGCACAUCGGGUAUUACGGAGGGUGGGAUUUUGCUCUGGUACAUCCUCUACAUUGCUAUCUUCUUCCUCGUCAUCAUCCUCUUCUGCCCCUUGCGAAACGGAUGUGACAAUGUCUACAUCGCUGAGAAAACCGCAUACAGCCAGUUCUUCAUCAAAUGAAAGUCCAUCAACGUUCAGUGUCUUUGUAACUUCGUUCCAUCCAUCAGGAGUUUCAAUUGCAUCUGGUGUUUCAAUAAUGUUAUUGAUUAAUGCUGUUUAAACCCGCUUUUUUUAAACAGUUCUCAAUUAUCUUUUCAGCCACAUUGUUCCAAGCCUUUGAAGCCAUUCACAUGAUGUGAAGGACAUUGAUUUUUGUUGGGUUAUUGUCUUCAAUAGCACCAAGGAACCGGUGCCCAACACCCUUUCUGUAAAGAGCUUUAAAGUUUUUCAUUAUUUAUCCAACGGUUGUUUCUUCGAUGUGGUAUUUGGAGAUAGAAAUUGCAAUUUUUAUGUUAUCGAGGCUUGGGAUAUCUUCAUGUGCUGUGUGUGCAAUUGUCGAUUACAUUAGACUUUUCUUUUUUCUCAUUUCUUUGUCCCAGAUCAGCUAACCAUUGACCAAAAGUUUCAGAUUUCAUCCGAGAUUUUUUGUUUACAGUAUAGUCCAUAGGAAAACUUCGAACCCCAUCUUGGAUUUUUUGCUUUGUCAAUCAUUAAGGGCUUAAAUUUCACACUUGCAGUUUGAUUUGCUUCUAGCAGCACAGUAACUCCAAGCUUACUGUCUUCCUCACCAUGGCAAGAAUCCCCUUGAAAGGUUAAGGUUUUGUCAGGUGUAAGCACUGGUAAUAAAGACCAGUCUCGUCAGCAUUGAAUAUAUCUUCUGCUUAAUACCCCUUGGUUAGUUCAGGUAGAUUUUCACUCCAUUGUGUGCACUCAUUACACUUUCAUCAGUUAUCGUUUUGAAAACAAUUUUAAUUUUAAAGCGCCGGCCUUUACUAGCACAAAAGUCACUUUCACUUUUACCAAGUUGUUGAGCAAAUUGGGUAGCUUUUUCUUGUGGGUUUUUAUCAUGACACUGCUUCAACUACUGCAGAACUCAAACUUCGAUAUUGAUGCAAUUGCAACUAAUAUGUGAAAAAAAUAAUAAAUAUCAUGAUGAAAAUGUCAUAAUAUGUAUACUUUUUUACGAACAAUCCUUCAGGAUAUCUUCAGGAGUGAUUGAGAAAUAAUUCAUUUGCAUUAGCUACGUCUUUGUGGAAAAUAUGACCAAUCUGUAAUAAGUCGAUAUUACACAUUUUUAAAGAAUGGCGCUAGAAAAUUUUGGAACACAUAAGGAUGUUUACAAUCCAAAUUUACCUUCAUCAAAGUUGAUUUUAUAUAAGUAUGAAUAACCAUAUUCCUUUGAAAGCAAAAUAGGGUACUUGCAUUUUUUAAAAAGUAUUUAUUUUUGUAUUUAUUCUAUAAGUUCUUGAUAUGAAAUAAUUUGAAAAUCGCAAAAAUUUCAAAUUUUUAACUACAUAAGAAAACGAUUCUCAUUAAUUUUUAGUUGUAACGUCAUAGAUUUAACCCGGGAGAACUCGUUAGAAUUUCCGUCACACGAAUUCACUAGUGAGAAUUUUUCUCCCGGUGCCUUAUUUAAAUAAUUUUACCGUAAAUUAAUGUAUUCGAACAUUUUAUUCCAUUUUGUGAUGUUUAUCUAUAAAAAGAAUGUGAUAAUUAACUAAAUUUUUAAUCGAAAUAUAUAAAUUGUUUAAAUAUUCAAAUAUAUUUAAAACACUUUUUGUUAUUUCUUGAGCCGGUAGCUGUAAUACAAUAAUCCAUCAUCAUUUUUCGGACAUUAAUUGCUGAAAGUCCCCCACGUACGCAAUCAAUUGUAGGCAUAUUUUCAAGUCCUGUCAUAAACAAAGUAUCUUCUGCGUUAUAGCCAUCUCUUUCGACAACUAAAUUGUGCAAAACAACACAAUCCUUAAAGAUAUAGUUGGUAAACUCUAACUUUAUAAUUUGUAGUUCUAUGGGAAAUACUCCAUUUAUUUGUCAGAAUUCCGAAUGAACAUUCUAUAUACCUUCAAGCUUUUAAGAGGCGUUAGUUAAACAUUCUUUUUGGAAUUGUCAAUUGAUGUCCACCGAACGGUCGGAGAAGGUGUUCGUGUAGGCCGAACGAUUCAUCACCAACAAAAAAUAUGGAACGUUAAGCGCGAUUCUCACGAGGCGAUUUUUAUCGGUCAACUAAAAAUCGCUUCCGAAUAGAACAAUAUUCGCUUUAUGAGAACACUGAUCAAUAAAAGUUGAUCAACUUUUGUUGACCGAUAAAAAGUUUUGCUUUCAAGUCGGCUUAAUUUUUGAGCGAGUUGAAUCUUGUUGAACGUGAGAACGAGCCAGACCGACUCGAAAGUGAUUAAUCUUUAUUUAUAUUUUUUUGUGUGUGAUAGGUACCUAGUGCAUGAGCAAAAUGGCUUCGUCUAAAGAGGGGUUUAAAUGGAGUGAUAUUUUAACCUCUAAGUUUCUAAAUCUUUAUCAGCAGCACGAAUGCCUUUGAAAUCAAACCCUUGUUAUUUACAAGAACAAAGAUGCCAGAGAUACUGUGAUUCAAGCAAUAAUUGUCGGUAUGAAGUGCGAAGGGUUAAGUAUUGACGAUGUAAAAAACAAAAUAAAAACUGUACGAACUAUGUACAAAAAGGAUCUCAACUUGGUUUUAAAGUUUUAAAGCUUUAUCUUCAAUCACUAGCUCUUUUAAUAGCAUCUGUGAUGCUCCUAGUCGGUCCCUCCUAGAUAUCCAACUCCUCACCCAACAUUUUCUUUUUUUCCAAAUAUCUCUUUUCUCAAUAUUAUUUUUAAUUUCCGGUACACACCUUUGCACUACUUUAUUUGGAGUCAUUUUGAAAAAACUACCAAUUCGGUCCGAUCGAUAUUUCAACCGUGUGAACGCAAAUCGCUUGCUAUUUUUGUCGGCCAACAAAAAUCGUUCAAUUGAAAUCGCCUCGUGAGAACCUCGCGUUAGGACUUUUCGUAGUAGGAAGACAUUUCUCGUCAGGAAUAUCCAAUGUAUGUUCAAGCAGGACUUUCCAUAAGCAGGAACACAUCUCUAGUAAAAAUAAAAGCAGUAAUACAGAAAAUACGUAUCUACAACGUUUAUUUUUGAAAAAACUGGAGGAAUUAAUGAAAAACGAUCAUAUUCCCCCCUUGCUAAGCAGUCAUUUGGCACCAAAAAAAGUCUGCAGAUGAGACAAAAUCUCACCUGGCGAAUUCUCCCAGAUUAAUAAAAACAUUGAGCAAUGUCUACUUGAUGAUCACGAGGUUUAUUAUAAUACAGUUUUUAUUUAUUAGUUACGUAUAAAUAAAACAUUUUUCAACAUAUAUGAAUAAAGUGAAUAAACCUUUUAUAGGUUAAGUUCUUACAUUAUUACAUGAUCACGUUGAAAAUUAAAAGCUUAAUAAACUUCAUUACUAUAAAAUAUUAGAAUAAAUUAAAUUUGAAUCUUAAUUAUAUUAAAAUAAUCCUGGCAACAAAAUUAGUAACCUCUUGUAGGAUCGUCGAAACGACAAAUACUUUCAAUCCAUUUUUGUUGUAGUAUAUUCGAAUUUCUUGGCAUCAUGAAAACACUUUAUCAGGAGUUUCAGUGUGGUAUUUUCACAUCCUGGCACAAAACACAAUUUAUAUAUAAUUUUUCAGAUUAAUCAAAGUUUAAUAAUAACGCUUAUUUUAGAAUAACCGAGAGAAUAACUGUCGUAUUUACAUUGUAUUAUAUGUUCAGUAUUUAUGACGUCACACAAUAUGGUGAUCUUACUAAAAUGUUUAAACUACCUACAAAAUCUUUGAAUUUGCAAUUAUUUUUUUCUUUAUAAAUAUUGAUAGAAAAAUUAUAAAAAUAUAUAAUAAAAGUUGUAUAUGUAUAUCUCAAAUCAUGCAAGUACCCUAUUAAACUUUUAAAAAAAUAAUUAGUAUUUACCAUAAUUUUCAUGACUUAUUUCCCUUAUAUCCAACAAUGUAUUUAAGAGAGAAGUGGUAGAAAGGGUGUAAGUGUUUUAAUAUGACUUUUAACUAUCAUGUAAAUGUGCUUAAAAAUUGACAAGUCUACAUAUGAUAUUUUUUCUAUUAUUUUAUUUGGUAGUUAUUUUUAAAAAAUACAUGUUAAAACUAUUAUGUACUUACUUCGAAAAAACAAAUUUUAACAAAAAAAACCUUCUGGGGCAAGAUAUCUGUCGACAUCCAGAUCUGUCCUUCCGAAUACUUUUUUCUGUUGGUAGAUUUCGGUAAUAAUCCUGGACCUCUCUGUCAAGUAAAUCUACGAUUCCUACUAAAUUUUCUUUGUUUUUAUGCUUAUAGGUCUCUGAACUUCAUAUAAAACAUUACUUCUUUAAAUUCCUAUUCAUCACUUAAAUAUUUUUGAAUCUAACCAUUGAAUAUUUCGUGUUCCUUAGCCAAGAAACGCUUCUGAGUUCAAAGUCUUUGUUUUUAACAUGUAAGCGUCCGGUUCUUCCUUUUUCGCUCGUUGAUCUAAGUAGUUGAUACCAGUCUCUGGGCAGAUGAAUAUCAAUGGACGUUUUUUUGUUCUUUCUAUCAGAGCAUGGACCAUUUCACACUCAGGAUGAGUGUGUCCAGGUACUAAAAAUUUAUUGUCCAUGAUAUCUAAUGUUUGGUGUAGAUUAAUAACAUAAUAAAAUAUUCCUCAAAUAAAGGAAUUUUUGUUCUGGACCUCACUUGUGUCCGAAUAAAGCACAAUUUGCUUGACUUCUGCUGGAACGCAAUAAUGCCAAACGCUUUGGCACCUCUUCCCGCAGUUCAUUUUGGCCACAUAAAGUAUGUGGACUCUCCUGAAGAUCAUUUAUCUACUGUUAAAUUAUAUGUCGCAAGCUGACACAAAUAGAACGUGUCUUAUUUGUUGAUAAAUAAGAAGUUUGUAAAACCUGCUGUAAGUCAAAUACACAUGUUAAAGGGAAGGAUUGUUUAAAAAACUUUUUCUUAUCAACUGCAUUUGCUUCAUAUGCCAAAUCUGCUAAAGUGAGGUGCUCAUCUAAUUUUUUUUUUAAAUAUACUCUAAGCUCUUCGCUGCUACAAUAUUUUUCUUGAAACAAGGUAUCACAUCUUUAGCAUGUCUUAGGUUUUUUAAAUUUAGUUUAUUACAUUCAAGUACAUUGGAAAAAUGUUACUAGGUUAUAUGUGUAUAUAUGUUACACUGGAAGACCGAAAACGGCCAGUGGCCGUUUAAAACAGUCACAAAAAUUAUUAACAGUCGUUUUAUUGUAAAAAAGUAUAUUACUAAAAUCAAUCUUCGCUGCAUAUCAGCCUAUUUAUUUUUACAUGAGGAAUUGUUGUGGCAUUUUCAGUUGCAUUGAACUUUAUGUUUGACGCAUAAAUUAUUAUUGUUAGGUUAGGUUAGUUAUAUAUUAUUAUUAGGUUAGGUUAGUUAUAUAACUAACGUAAGCUAAUAAUUUAUAUUAACUAUUGACUA